UGUUUGUUGUUUUGCAGAAUUUCGCGGGAUAGUUGUCGCGGGAUAAUUAUCGAACUAUUUAUGAUACAGUAGGAUUUGUUAAUUUAAAUUAUUGGUCUAUAAAUUAGACAUAUAGAGUAAAACAAUUUGAUAACCUUACGUGCAGAGUGGCUACACUUUCCCAUGUGUGCUAAUUAGAAGUUACCUGUAUGCUUCUUCCCUUGUCCAUACUAAUUUUAAUUUUUUCAUGUUUUACAGACCACAUUCAUGUUGAUAAUUGAAAAUAUGGUAAAAGUUCAUCCUUUAUACAUGGGGCACUUUUACCUUGUGCUGUCAUAAAAUUAUGGUCACAAUGAAUGAAUAGUUAGUUAUAUAUAUGCUUACCAUUUUAAAUGCAACAAGUCUGACUGCACUGGAUCAGAAUAUUACUCAAAUAUGUUCAGAACAAUUCCUUACUCUCAAAGUUAACCUUAGAACACAAAGCAUUGUCAUCUUUAUGACGCAAGUUUGUCGAUUGUUAUUUUUCUCCUUGUUGUUUUGCACUAUCUUGCUGUAAUUUUCGGUACCUUCUUACACUGUUGCUGGGAUUGUCAUAACAAGUUUAAAUUUUUAAAAUUGUUUUUGUUUGUGGAUAAUUGAAACUGUUGUCAUCAGUUUUAUGAAGCUUUAUGACAACAUGGUGCCUAGAAUAAGGAUGAUUAUAUUUAUAUUUUGGUUAAUUCAAUUAUCUUUCUUAACAUUAUAUGUUACUGAACAUGAUCCAGUUCCAUACCCAUCUCAGGAAAAUUUAGCAUCCAAAUAUUCUCUAACUGGAAGACUUGGACACAUGAAAUUGUAUCCUAGGGUUUUAAGGCCAUUCUCUGCAUAAAAUAAGGGUUUCAUAGUCACUCUAUACAUCAAAUAAUAUUAAUAGAAGUAGAAAAUAAAAAUGCAAGAACAAACUGAUACGUCAGAAAAGUCUUUAAAUUUGAGCCAUUCAAUAGCUGCUCCAGGUUUAAAAACAAUAGAAUUAAAUGACUAUAAAGCUGGAAUGUCUGGUUUAGAUAAGGAACAAAUUAAUAGGAUAAUUUAUAAUGCUUCAAAAGGAUCACCGUAUUUUCUGUAUCAAGAGAAACGUCAACAAAGAAUUGACAAAAAAGUACAAGAGAUGAAAUCAUACUUAAAUACAGUAACAGAGAUUCAGAAAAAAACUGCAAAAUACAAAAUGGAUAUAUUAGCAAAGAAAUUAGAAAAAGAAUGUGAUUUGAGUCAUGUUAUAGUUCAUUUUGAUAUGGAUGCAUUUUAUGCUGCUGUAGAAAUGCGAGAUAAUCCAGAAUUCAGAGAUAAACCAAUAGCUGUUGGAUCAAAUUAUAUGCUGUCCACUUCUAAUUAUAUUGCCAGAAAAUUUGGUGUUAGAGCUGCAAUGCCUGGUUUUAUUGCCAAGAAACUUUGCCAUGAUUUAAUCAUUAUCCCUCCAAACUUCGAAAAAUAUAACAAAGUUAGUCAAGAUGUAUUUACUGUCUUAAAAUUGUAUGAUCCAGAUUUUCUUCCAAUGAGUUUAGACGAAGCUUAUGUUGAUAUAACUGAUUAUCUACAUAAUCAUUAUAAGGCAUCACUUACUCAGAAAAUUAGAGAGGAAUGGUGUUGGAAUGAUGCCGAAGAAUCAGUUUGUAUUGCUGAAAUUGUGGAUAAAAUUGUUAAUGAAAUAAGACAGAAAAUAUUUGAAAGUACACAGCUAACAGUAAGUGCAGGAAUAGCACCAAAUAUGAUGUUGGCUAAGAUUUGCUCAGAUAGAAACAAACCAAAUGGUCAAUAUAGAAUUCCUCCUAACAAAGAAGAAAGGAAAAACUUUAUAUCAAAACUCCCACUAAGAAAAAUAUCUGGAAUUGGUCCAGUUCAAGAACAGAUGCUUAGUUCACUUGGAAUUAAGACUUGCCAGGAUCUCUGGGAAAAUAAGGAUAUUAUAUCACUUCUGUUUACACCUACUUCUGUUCAUUUUUAUUUGAGGGUGGCCUUAGGACUAGGACAUACUCAUCUGAAAUGUGAUAGUCAAAGAAAAAGUUUGGGAGUUGAAGAAACAUUUUCGUCUAUAAGUGAUCCAGAAGAUCUUUAUCAAAAAUGUCAAGAAUUAUGUAAAGAAUUAUGCAGUGACAUAACUAGCCAAAAUAUCAAGGGCAAAAUAAUUGUGCUAAAAAUCAAAACCGUAAAUUUUGAUGUGCAUACCAGGAAUAUGACUUUAAAUACUUAUACUUCAGAUUUUAAUACUAUAUAUUCAUCAGCUAAGAAGUUAUUACAAUUAGAAAUAGCAGCUCAUCAUCCAAAACCAUUGAAAUUAAGGUUAAUGGGUGUAAGAGUAUGCAAUAUAAUCAAUGAGAAAUCAGAUGAUAAAGGUAGCCAUUCUCAGCAGACAAUUGUAAACACACUAAAAAAUUUACAGAAAAAAACGCACGAAAUUAAUUCAACUGUCCCAUGUCCCAUUUGCAACCAAGUUUUGCCGACAGAUAAAAUUAAUUUUCAUUUAGAUCAAUGUUUACAAGAUGAAAAUGAAUUUAGUUUUAAAGACAGUUUUUCUCCAUCAAAGUUUGAAACACAGAAAUGCAAUGAAGAAAUUACUGAUAAUGACAAACAGCUGAUAAAGAACUUGAAUGAUAAUACAUACAUUGAAAAUAAUGAUGAGGAUAUAGAAGGAGAUACUUCAGAAAAUUUAGAUGAAGAGAUUAAAAAUGAAGAACAGAUAAAUUAUUCAAAUCAGUUAAAUGAGAACGAUAAUUGCAAUACUGAAAUAUUUAAAGACAAUGAGGAUGUAAAUGAAAAUGAUAACCUGAUGACUUGUCCAAUUUGUGGAUUUUACAAAUGUACAAGCUUUCAACAGUUAAAUCAACAUAUAGAUUUAUGCUUGAAUAAAUCAACAGUGAGGGAAUUAGUAUCACAAACGAUUUCUCAGUCAAGUGAAAAAAGAAAGAAAAUAUCAUCAUCCCAAACACCACAAUCACAAAAAAAGUUGAAAACAAAUAAUAAUUGUAGAAAAAUUAAUGAAUUUUUCUGUAGUCAGUAAAAUUGAAUAUUUAAGUAACACUAGCAGAUAGAUACUAAAACUGUAAAAAUAUAUUUUAAAAUUUUCUUUCUAAAAGUAAAAAGUUCCAGUA